AUGGUCAUCCUCUGCUUCGAAAACAUUCAAAAUUGUGCUGAACUGAAGGAAGCGGCUGCCGCAAGACGUCGAAAUUUAACGCCACAGACCCUGUUCUCAGUGUGCACUCAAUCGGAUCGUGGCAUGAGGUGCAUGUCGAAGGUAACGGGUGUUUCGUGCCAAAAUAAUCGCGGAACAGAUUAUUUCAACACUGUCUCACCCCGUCACGCCGUGUUGCUCGUUCUGAUGAACGCUGUGAUGGCUGGUGUUUCGUUUUCUUACCACCUCUGUGGUUGCUUCGAGUGUUACCCUGGUUACCAAUCCAUCGACUUCGGCGUCGACUACCUUCGCAACAUCGCCAUCUGGCCAGACCAACUAUACUUCUUUUACUUUCCGAUAAUUCAAAAAGAGAACAGCCAAAGCAUUAACAUGGUGGUUUAA